GUUGGCGGCGCGAACUUUUGCCUGUGACGCGCCAGUUGUUGUUUGGCAACACUUGAGCAAAGCAUUCAUUUCCGGCAGAUUUAUUCGUUUCCUGCGACCGUCGUAAGCGCAUCGUAAGCCCUUCAUCCGUUCGUUCUUCCAAACUGCACAAAUUCGCAUCUCGCCUCGUCGCACACACAGUUUGAAAUGUCGGUUUCCGCUGCAUUUAAUGUGCAAUAAUCCUUUAGUGUGGAAGUGUCAUAGAUUCAAGUGUUGCAGCAGCUGCGUUCUAGUGUGCCCUCAACGCGUAGUGUAAAAUCCCUCUGUGUGCAUUUGUGUUUGUGUGUGUGUGUGCGAGCGCAGGUGGCAAAAUGACAACCAGUGAUGAAUUUUGUCGCGAUCAUUACGAGCAUCCAUUGUUGUGGUGCGACGAGAAGAAACGUUUGGUGGAGCGCAAAAACGCCGAGGAGAGUAUGCGUAUGUGGCGGCGUCGCAAAGCUGAGGAAGUGGCGCGCAAGGAGAAGGAUAAAGCUGAGUACUACGAACUCUUCGUUAAGCACUAUCCUUGGGGUCGUCCUGGCGGUGGCGCGCCUAAUUUGGAAAUCAGACGCAAGGAUAUCACAGCCAUUGGCCUGCAUUCCACGCCCACAAUUAGCACUAUGCACCGCCUGAACUCUUGGCAACCCUGUCGCUAUAACGAUUACUUCUCACAGCGUAAAAAGUGUCAUGAUCCCGCCACCUGUUAUCAUCAUCAUUUACAUCAUCACAUACCACCAUUACCACCGCCGGCGCCACCACCACCACCGCACGUCACCACACACACACAUACUGUGCGCACCACCACCGAUGCCUGUCAUCCCGGCGCCGGCGGCGUGUUGACUGUUUGCGAGCGUAGCGUUGGCGAUGUUGGCGUUGGCGCAAAAGUCAUUGGUGCCACCAAUAGCAAUGUGACCGGCGGCGGCAGCAACGCUGUUGGUGGCAUUGGUGUUGGUUUGGGCGCCACAAAAAACGGUGAGACCUUGCAUAUAACGCUCAAAGAUCACCCAUCUAUGUCGUUUCGCAAUAAAGGACAUCUCGACAUCGAAGUACGCUAUAAACCGGGUGCCGCCACGGGUAGCAAGGGUAAGCCGUUGCUGGAAAAGAUUGUGGUGUCGGAUAGCGAUAAGUGCCCGCUGGUGCAAGGCGUACAAACACAGUCGGUUUUAAAGUGUUCGCCACGCAAGAAGAAGCUCGUCGCAAAGUUGGAGAAGCCGUUGAGUAAAGAUCCCUGGGGUAAGGCUGGUCCUGGCGGCAAACCGUGGCGCAGUCCAAAAGCGGCAGGGAGCACCUUCAUGAAAUCGCUGGGUUGGACCAACAAGGAGAUGCUGAAAGAUCUCGAUCAGGAUAAUCCCGUUACGCCAGCGGAGAAGCCAACUUUCCGCAAAGUGCGCACCAACAAAAAGGUGCAACGUUGCUGUGAGCUCUGCAUUUGCACCUGUCCCGGCAUUGUAACCAAUAAGGGCUGCCGUGGUGGCGUCGCUACAAUGCCGGCGUUGAAAAAGCCACAUCAAAGCUCUUCUAACAAAGAGCAAAGCCGUGCUACGGCAAUAAAUCCACAAAUUACAACAACAACUGCCGCUAUAAAACAAAAACACUGCCCACGCUUUGUACGCCAUUGUGGUGGCACGCUGGACACGAGCAACACAAACAAUACCGAGCAGACCAGUGCCAAUACGGGUGGUGAGGGUGUGGAAUUGGUGCCGUUGUUGGCACGUCGUCGCGCCAAUGCACGUCCCGUUAGCCUCUCCAGCACGGAUGUGACCAAGCGCACCGCCUCCAAAGAUAGGUACGCAUGCAACAUGAUUACUCGUAGCAAAUAUCUGCAACAUUUGCAACAACUACACUGCAACAAUAGCAAUAGCUAUAGCAAUAAUAUCAAUAUCAAUAAUAUGAACAACAACAACAACAGCAAUAAUAAUGAUAAGAUUAGCAACAGCAUUAGCAAAUGCAAAAUCAAACGCAAUAUCGCCAAUAAGAUUUGUAACUUAAGCAAUGCCAUCAGCCACAUGAACAACAGCAAUAACAUCAAUCGCAAUGAGAAUAGUAGCAGCGGCACUUCAUGUUGCUUAAAGAAAUUCACUUUGCAUAUUCGCUAAGCUUUUUAAGCGGCGGGAGGAUAGUGCUUGUGCUUUCGCUUAGUGCUUUUGUGGAAGCUUUAUCCCAGGAGCAGUGAUUCUAUGUUGAUGUUAGGAGAAUUAUAGGUGGUUUGAAAGUUAUAUAUAACGGUUUUCAUUUUUCGAGCAUAAAGCAUUCAACAAGCUUGACAUAUUUAGGGACAUCAAUAAGUUUUUGAAGGUUUUUCAGAUGGUUGAGUUAUAUAUUAUUAAAGAAAUUUAACAAAACUCAAAUAAGCUUUCAUGAUUAAACCUUUUAAGAUUGAGCUUUCACCUAUCGGUCAUACUAUUCAGCAGCUUGGAGCUAGCGUUCUUAGUUAUAAUAUUUUUUUUUGUAAAGAAGCCUAAAGGGCUUAAAAAUUGGUUGAUCAAGAUAAGGUUGGAAGAAUCGAGUAAAAUUUUAGCAUUUAAGAGAGCUUUUAAAGUACAUUUGUGAAUUGAAAGCAGAAGCUUUCUAAAAAAUUCUUGGUAACUUUAAUGCUUAUAAACCGAUCAAGUCUUGGUUGUAUAGAAAGUGCAGAAUAAACGCUUCCAGGCUAAUAAUUAUUCGCUUAAAUCACGCUUUGACAAUAAAAAGAGCAGAGUUUUCGCUUUUACGAGCUUUCAAUGGGCUUAUUUCUAAUGUUCUCUCCACAGCUUACAUUGAGCUUUUUAAAGCUUUUUAUGCAAUGGUAAUUAAAAGCAUACUUAAAUUGUGUAUUGAGAUAAAUAAUAUUGGAAGUUAAGUUGAGAAGUGGAAAUGAGUAGGUGACACAGAUAAAAAAAUAUAUGAUUCGAGAAGAAAUCUACUAUAUCAAUUUAUACAACAGUCAUUACUUUUAUAUAUAUAAUCAUACAUUAAUACAUAUAUACAUAUGCAGAAAUCAUGUAGCUCUACACAUAACUAAAGAUUUGCACUCAAAGAAACUUGACUUAUGAACUAUAUAAAUAUUCAAAACUAGCGUUGCUUAUCAGUUUUAUUUUUUCAUUUGUUUAAUUUUUCGUAAAAAUUACAACAAAAAAAAACAGAACAAUUUCAAUUGUAAUCAAUGUGAAAGUAUAAAAUAAUAUAAAACAAUUAGAUUAGCUGCAUUGAAAUUUGAAAAAAGUUAGCAAACAAAAUUAGAAAUCCAAAGCAAAUGCAAAAAAAAAAAUGCAAAAACGAAAUGCAAUGAAAACAAAAACAAAAGCUAGUCACAGCAAAAACACUGAUGCAAACUACAUAUAUACCGUCUUCUCUGUACUCGCCAACCGCCAACCGCCAACAAACACCAAAACCAACACCAAACAACUACCAACACGAACAACAAUAACAACAAUAACAACAACAACAUAUCGAUUGAAAUGAACUCAAUCG